UUUCGAAACAACAGAGCUCUGCCGGGCACCAAGACGGGGGGAAACGCAGAGCACACAAAGCAACAACUACAGAACAGCAAGGAAUUGCUCAAGAUUUGCUUUCUUUAAGCCUCUAUAAGAGCAGUGCAUUAAUUAAAGCACUGGGGACCCCAGCAGGUGGUACAGAGGUUAAACAAUCAUGCCCAGCUCAGGUUGCUGUGCUAUGUGAUGGUGCAUGGAACAAACAAAACUGCUGGAGGAGCAGCCAUGGGCUCCAGCAGCAAAGCUCCAUCCCCAAACAGCCAGCUGUGCUCUCAGCCCAACCCAGGCCUGCAAGCUGCACAGCAAAUGGGGAUGAGCCUGAAUGAGGUUAAUUAGCAGGGCACAGCCGCUAUCAGGACCUCUCCAGGUGCCUUUUGAAGGCACGACUGCGCUUCUCUCCUUGGGUUGAGAAUUCAUAAAGCUGCUGCAGAAUGUUUAAAAAAAUCACCCAAAAAGUAGCAAAGCAAAUGGAUCCCAAAGGAGACCUGGUUCCUGUCCACAGCAUCUCAGACCAAGACCACUUCAGGCUGCUUUGCCUGGUUCGAAGGAAAAGGAAAGCCAGAUUCCGCCCAUUUCCCUCCUACAGACGGACAGAAUACAGGCUCCACGACGUGCUGCUGCCUGGAGAGGAGAAGGACAGCGUCGAGUCCCUCCUUCCCAGCACUGACGGCCACAGCCCACGGCAGUUCACAACCACGGGAAGCGUCAGGGACAGCGUGGACGGGACCCUCAGCAUUCCCACGGAGCCUGCAGAAGUAGAACUGGGAGGAGCUGCCUCAGUGUCCAAGCAGUGGCACAUCAAGCUGGAAAAGAAGCACAUCCUGGUACCCAAACUUGAGGCACUGAGAGAGGAAAGGAAAAUCAACAUGAAGCACACCUUCAUCGAGCAGCUGAGGAAGGCAAGGCAGAACUUAUACGUGAUUCACGAAACGAUAGAGACCUCAGAGGAGGCCAGAUAUGAGGAGUCCACGGAGGCGGAGGCGAAGUUCAUGGCUCAGCUUUACGCCAAGUUCUCUGCUAAGGGCACCACUGGGAGCAAACAGAGCAUAACCAUACCCAGGGGCUGCACGCUGGCCUUCAGGGCGAUGCAGCUGACCAUCGGGGACGCAAUGUGGGGUAUCAACCAUUUUCCAGAGAGUAAUCAACCAACGUUUGUAUCUGAUGGUUUUGCACCCAGAGAAGUAGAUGCAGUGGAGAAAGAAGCCAAGGAGAAGUGUCACAUUCUGUCCCAGCUGGCUGAUGAGCUGAAUGCCAUCAUUGUAAAGUCCAUCAAAGCUGUGAUGAGAGACAGGAACCUCCUUGAGGAGCUGACCGAGAAGAUGGAAGCACUCCUCGAUGACCCUGAUAACUGUGAGCUGACAACACAGAGCCCAGACUUGGAAGUUCUGCUCAGCACACUUAAGAUUUCUGCCCGUUGUGAUCUCCUCAGCCUGACAGAAGCCAUCUCCUACACUCUGGAUGCCUUCAGUGAGCUAACGGAGGAUCAGCUGCUGCUACUGCUGGAGUCUUGGGAAGUGAAGAUUGUGCCCCAACAGCUUAAACUGGUGAGGAGCAUCCUGGAGCAAAACGCAGAGCACAGCACUGCUGCUGGUUUGCUCCCCUCCUUCAGCCAGCAGCAGCAGCAGCAGCAGCUGACCACGGCGGUGCUGGAGAUGAGUGGGGUGGAGCUGCAGGGGAGCAGCGCUGCCGUCUGCAAGGAGGAAAACUUCCCAUCCCUGGCAGCUCUGUAUGCAGCCCUGCAUGCACUGCACUGCCUGGGUGCGUCCUGAUGGGUCCUCCUGGUAGGGCUGACUGAAGGGGAAUUACCUGAUUGAUUAAAAAGCAAUUACACCAAG